UAAUUAAACAAUCAUAAUUAAGAGAACAAAAUAUAAACUUGAUUACGCACUUUUUGUAUUGUCAAAAAUGACGUUAAUCGCUAUUAUCGCAGUUUAAUUAUUAUCUAGCACGUCUUUGAUAUAAAAGUACUGGAACGCGUUACCUUGAUAUUCAGAAAACUUUCAGCAGUGGUAAAAGUUUGUGUUCUCUGAUCAGAAAAGUGAAAAAAAAAAAAAACUUCAAUUCGAUUAAUGUAGCAUCAUCGAAUAUGAAAAGUUUUAUUAUAAUUUUGUUAUUUCAAUUUCUCAUCUUAAUUGUAGUUAGUCAACCAGUGAACAAACUAACUGACAAUGAUACAGAUAUCACAAAUUAUGGAGUGCACAGAUAUCCCAGAACUUUAAUUUCUUUUCCACCUUGCAAGAUGAACCAAUAUUUCGACAAAGAAAAAGGUUUUUGUUUGAAUGUACUCGGUGGUGGUAAAGCACUUUAUAUAAAUAAUACAUCUUGCGGAACAAAUGUGUUGAAGCCACACUGUUUCAAUCCAAGAUAUUAUUACAUCUGUAAGAAGAAUAAAACCAUUCUGGCACAAUGUUCUCAAAACAAGCAUUUCGAAGUUCAUUUACAAAAAUGCAUUUUGAUAUAUCAUGGAAAAAACACUCCUAAUAAAACCAAUUCCAAUAGUUGUCAAAAAGUAGGUAUAUUUCCAAUUCCUAAUGAUUGUCAUCAAUUCUAUACUUGUACAGUUUAUGGUCAUCGAAUGAAACAAAACUUUUACAUAUGUCCAAAAAAUAUGGCCUUUGACACGAAGACAGAAAUGUGUAAACCCUCAAGUACUUGCAAAGAAUCAAGAUUAUCUUCCACGUGUUUAUUUAGCAGUGAGAAAGAAGAUAUGACUCUAGAGGAAGCAAAUAUGUUCUUAAGACUGGACAAAAAGGAGAAAUCAUUAAUGUGUGAAACGAUAUUUACGAGUGAUGAGGAAAUUAUGACUACUGAGAGGAAUUACAAUAAUGAUGGAAUUAAAUCGACAACUAUUUCUUAUAACAAGCCGUCUGUAUCUCAAUUUACAGAACCCAGCGAUAGGAAAUUUAUUACAACCACGAUCGAACGUGCUUCGGGAACAUCACAUUCUAUAAACACUGUCGCUUCCGAAAUAUAUACAACUGCGAUGUAUUCGCCAACUAACGAAGAAAUCACGUAUACGACAGAGCAAAAUUUACCAACAGAAAUAAAAAAGAAUGGAGAAGAAAAUCUAGAAUCGUCAACUUCAAAAGAAUCUUACAAACAAGAACAUAAUGGAAAAACAAUUAAUAAUAACGUACAAUCAACUGAUGCAAUGAAAACAUUUCCCACUGAACCAACAAUUUUAGAUGACACAACUUCUAGAGAAACAAAAAUUGAAAAACAACUAGGUAUAAAAAUAAAAACUCAUCCAAACGAGUCGCCUAAUUUUGAAAAUCAAUAUAGUACAACAACGGCAGAAUUUAAUGAUGCAACUCAUUACUGGUACAUAUCACAUAGUACAUCGGCCACAGAAGACUUGAAUGAACCAUUAACUACUGAAGAACAGACUACCGAUUUGUCAUUAACAACAAUUAAUGGCAGUUUUGAUAAAGAAGAACAUACAAAAAUAAAUUCAAAUGAUCAAUCUUCGGAAAUUCCUAAUAUUACACAACCAAAUAUAGAAAUAUCAACUAGUACAAUAGCUACAGAAAACUUGAAUGAACCAAUAGCUACUGAAGAAGAUGGUGCGCAUUUGCCAUUAACAACAAUUAAUGGCAAUCUUGAUGAAGAAGAACAUACAAAAAUAAAUUCAAAUGAUCAAUCUUCGGAAAUUCCUAAUUUUACACAACCAAAAAUAGAAAUAUCAACUAGUACAAUAGCUACAGAAAACUUGAAUGAACCAAUAGCUACUGAAGAAUAUGUUGCUCAUUUGCCAUUAACAACAAGUAAUGGCAAUCUUGAUGAAGAAGAACAUACAAAAAUAAAUUCAAAUGAUGAAUCUUCGGAAAUUCCUAAUAUUACACAACCAAAUAUAGAUAUACCAAAUAGUACCCCAGCCACAGACGAUUUGAAUAAAUCAUUAACUACUGAAGAACAACUUACCGAUUUGUCCCCCACAACAAUUAAUGGCAGUCUUAAUAAAGUAGACCAUACAAAAAUAAAUAAUCUAGCGUCAGAAAUUCUUAAUACUACACAACCAAAUAUAGAAAUACUAGAUAGUACACCAGCAAUAAAAGAUUUGAAUGAACCAACACCUAUUGAAGAAGAGAUUACCGACUUGCCAUCAACAACAAUUAAUGGCAAUGUUGAUGAAAAAGAACAUACAAAAAUAAAUUCAAAUGAUCAAUCUUCGGAAAUUCCUCAUAUUACAGAACCAAAUAUAGAAAUAUCAACUAGUACAAUAGCUACAGAAAACUUGAAUGAACCAAUAGCUACUGAAGAAUAUGUUACUGAUUUGCCAUCAACAACAAUUAAUGGCAAUCUUGAUGAAGAAAAACAUACAAAAAUAAAUUCAAAUGAUCAAUCUUCGGGAAUUCCUAAUAUUACACAACCAAAUAUAGAAAUAUCAACUAGUACAAUAGCUACAGAAAACUUGAAUGAACCAAUAGCUACUGAAGAAUAUGUUGCUCAUUUGCCAUUAACAACAAUUAAUGGCAAUCUUAAUGAAGUAGAACAUACAAAAAUAAAUUUAAAUGAUCUAUCGUCAGAAAUUCUUAAUACUACACAACCAAAUAUAGAAAUACUAGAUAGUACACCAGCAAUAAAAGACUUGAAUGAACCAAUAACUACUGAAGAACAGAUUACCAAUUUGCCAUCAACAAGAAUUAAUGUCAAUCUUGAUGAAGAAGAACGGACAAAAAUAAAUUCAAAUGAUCCAUUUUCAGAAAUUCCUCAUAUUACACAACCAAAUGUAGAAAUAUCAACUAGUUCAAUAGCUACAGAAACCUUGAAUGAACCAAUAACUACUGAAGAACAGAUUACCAAUUUGCCAUCAACAAGAAUUAAUGUCAAUCUUGAUGAAGAAGAACAUACAAAAAUAAAUUCAAAUGAUCCAUUUUCAGAAAUUCCUCAUAUUACACAACCAAAUGUAGAAAUAUCAACUAGUAUACCAGCAGCAAAAGAUUUGAAUGAACUAACAGCUAUUGAAGAAGAGAUUACCGAUUUGCCAUCAACAACAACUAAUAGCAAUCUCGAUGAAAAUGAACAUACAAAAAUAAAUUCAAAUGAUCAAUCUUCGGAAAUUCCUAAUAUUACACAACCAAAUAUAGAUAUACCAAAUAGUACACCAGUCACAGAAAACUUGAAUGAAUUAGCUACUCAAAAAGAAAUAAUGGAUUUACCAUCCGCAACAAUUAAUGACAAUCCUGAUAUAGAAAAACCAGAAAUAAAUUUAAAUGAUUCAUCUUCAAACAUUCUUAAUACUCCACAACCAAAUAUAGAAAUAUCAACUAGUACAAGAGUCACAGACAACUUGAAUGAAUUAGCUACUCAAAAAGAAAUAAUGGAUUUACCAUCCGCAACAAUUAAUGACAAUCCUGAUAUAGAAAAACCAGAAAUAAAUUUAAAUGAUUCAUCUUCAAACAUUCUUAAUACUCCACAACCAAAUAUAGAAAUAUCAAAUAAUACAGCAAUUACAGAAGACUUGAAUGAACCAAUAGCUACUGAAGAACAUAUUACCGAUUUGCCAUCAACAACAAUUAAUGGCAAUCCUGAUGUAGAAAUAUCAGAAAUAAAUUUAAAUGAUUCAUCUUUAGACAUUCUUAAUACUCCACAACCAAAUAUAGAAAUACCAAAUAAUAUACCAAAGACAAUAAAAUUCAAUGAAUCUAUUGAAGAAGAAAAUUCUGAUUUUAUAUCAACAAAUAACGAUUCUGAAGUGAAAAAAGAGAAAAAAACAGAUAUAAAUUUAAACGAUCCAUUGUCAGAAAUACUUAUUACUGGUAUACCUAAUAUAGAAAUGGAACACAGUAUAGUAACAACAAUGGAAGUUACUGAACAAUCAACUUUCAAAAUCGAAAGUUCUGAUAUUAUUUCAGAAAUUCCUUCCAAUACCUUAACUAGUAUCAAAGAAAAUGAUAUACAUACAAUCAUAAAUUUAAAUGAUUCAAUAGAAAUUACUACUCCUAGUUUACAAAAACAUGUUAUGAAUAGAGAAGAAACAUUUAUGAAAAUAUUAAAUAACAAGAGAACUGAAAAUAAUAUAUCCGCUGAAACUGUUACAGAUGCAGUGGCAUCAUCUAUACUAGAAAACAAUAACAAUUUUGAGAAUAAUAUAGCCCCAAUUUCUGUUGACUCAGCAAGUUAUUCUGGUAUGAUACCUGAGAACAAAAUUGAGGAACCUAUUUCAAUACCAAUUACAGAUAGAAUUGCUUUAAAUAAAAAUGAAGAAAAUAAUACACCAUCGAUAGAGUCUAAUAUAAUAAAAACAAAUUCUCCCAUAGAAAUAAAUACAAAAUAUACAGCAACUUCUAUUAAUAAAAAUUUAGAUAAUAUUGGAAAUGAAAAAUUGAUUCUUUCUUCUGAUACAAAUAUAAAUGAAGCUGAUAAAUCGAUUUCACAAACAAAUAAAUUAACAACUAGUUUUCAAGAUUUGAUUGCUAAAUGUAGAAAUCAUAUGUCAGCAGAAACUACUACACAAUCAACCAAAUCAAAUCCCACUAAUGAAAAAUAUUCAGAUCCAUUUCAUAUGCAAUCACAUUCUCUGGUUUCAGAUAAGAAAAACGCAGACAAGCAAAACAAAAUUUUUGUAGAAGAAGACUCUUUAUCGAAACGCAUAUACUCCGGAAAGAUGAUAUCAAAAAAUUUCAUAUUACCCAUUACGUCAGCAGUGUUAAAUUUCAUUGAUAAAUUUGAAUGCUAUUUGAAAAAUACGUUAAUAAAGAUAUUUCACUGAAAAAAAUAUAUAAAUAAUAAAUAUUAGUGAAAAUGCAAA